AUGGUUAGCUUGGGUCAUGUUCAUCGGAGGCAGUCUGGUGCAAGCAACCGGUCUUCCGUCGACGAAUCGAAGGUUUCUGAUGCCGAGGAUGAGACUACUGUUGUCGAGCCAGAUCAGGGAAAUGUUCUCUCUCACAUCAUCUCACAGCUUCGUCCCGGGGCUGAUUUGAGCCGCGUCGUCUUGCCUACCUUUAUUCUCGAGCCCAGAAGUAUGCUGGAAAGAAUCACAAACUUCAUGGCACAUCCGGAAACUCUGCUUCCCAUGGCGGAGGUAGACGACCCCUUGCAGCGAUUUACUUCGGUUGUGAAGUUCUACCUGAGUGGAUGGCACAUCAAACCUCCAGGCGUUAAGAAACCACUCAAUCCUAUCCUCGGCGAAAUUUAUACUUGUUAUUGGCAGUUUCCAGAUAAUACAAAGGGAUACUAUAUUUCCGAGCAAACCUCUCAUCAUCCUCCUAAAUCAAGCUACUUUUAUAUGGCGCCAGAACACAACAUACGAAUCGAUGGGUGUUUGAAACCUAGAAGCAAAUUUUUGGGCAAUUCUGCGGCUAGUAUGAUGGAGGGUAUUGCUAUUUUGAGAUUUUUGAACAGAGGGUCUGGACCUAAAGGGGAAAGAUACGUUCUGACUCAACCAAACAUGUACGCUCGAGGUAUUCUUUUCGGUAAGAUGAAGUAUGAGCUCGGUGAUCAUAGUUUUGUGCGCUGCCCGGAGCUCGGAUUGACCGCAGAUAUUGAGUUCAAGACGAAGGGCUACUUUGGAGGAACUUACAAUGCUAUUGGGGGUAGUAUCAAGAAUGACAAGACAGGGGAAAUUCUCUAUGAGCUUUCGGGCAUGUGGAAUGGAGAAAUGUUUAUCAAGAACGUUAAGACGGGUAAGAAAGAUCUUUUGUUUGAUGCUACGAGAGCGAGACCAUCACCCCCAUUAGUGAGACCUUUAGAAGAACAAGAUGAUAGAGAAUCGCAAAAGUUAUGGUUCAAGACGGCGAAAGCGGUCAAAGAACGCAACCACGAAGUUGCGACAGAUGAGAAGACAUUUAUCGAGGAUAUGCAGAGAGAUGAGGCUGCAAAGAGAGCAGAAGAUGGUGUUGAAUGGACUCCAAGGUUGUUCAGACCAGUACGAGGUGGCCCCGGCGGGUCCGAAGAGGGCGAAGAAGAUCUAGAUUGGAUCUUGAAUGCAAGCAUUGAUGGCGCUAGUCCACAAGAACAGACGGAACAAAUCCUCGCGGUUUAUCCAGUCCUUCCAGGUCAGAAAUUCACGGAAAAGAACCGUAUUCCUCCACAGCAUCACCAACAUACAGAACAGGCCAAUCCAUUACCACCCACGAUCCCAGUGGCAGCAGCCCCAGCUUCAAUUCCCUCUCAGGAGAAGGACAAGGAGAAUCUCAUUGAUUUGGGAAGAGAAUCACCAGCGCCAGUCCAAUCCCAGCAUGUACCAGCUGAUCUCCUUGCAGCUCAGACACAAAAUAAUGGGCAGCAACAAAAGGAUCUUGAGCGAAUCCUCCAGUCCACUAGUACGGUCCAAGGUCAGAACCAGGGUCCAUUGAUCGACUUCCAUGAUGAUCUAAGGAAAGACUUACCAGCAGCUACUGACACCCAGGGAACGGCCACCUCCACUUUGUAUCGAAAGGACACAGAUAGUCAAAGUGUAGACGAGUUUGUAGACGCUGAGGGAUGA